CAUACACAUACACAUACACAUACCACACACUAUGCUGUAAAGUAAACGUCACUCUCAUAAAAACAUAUGUGUAAUGCUAUACACACUGUGUAUUACAUACACAUACAUACAGUAGUUAGCAGUUUAUAAAGUAUAGUCAUCGCCGGUAUUCACACACACAUCCCGAGGCCAACACCCAAUCCAAACGAGACAAACACUGCCGACUAGUGGACUAUUAGACUAAAGUGGACAAUGAAAGCCCUAAUACUAGUGGGCGGUUACGGUACUAGACUGCGACCGUUAACACUAUCGCAGCCCAAACCGUUGGUCGACUUUUGCAACAAACCGAUGAUUUGCCAUCAAAUCGAGGCUCUCGUUGAGGCAAACGUCAAACACGUUAUACUAGCGGUCAGCUAUCGCGCAGAACUGUUGGAACGGGAGAUCAAGGCCUGGGAACAAAAAAUGGACAUCAAGAUUACGAUAUCGCACGAAGAGUAUCCGUUAGGUACGGCCGGACCGCUUGCGCUGGCCCGCGACCAGUUGACCGCAGACGGCGAACCGUUUUUUGUACUAAACAGCGACAUUAUCUGUGAUUUCCCGUUCAAACAGAUGAUCGACUUUCAUCGGUCGCACGGCCGACAGGGAACUAUUGUUGUGACCCGUGUCGAGGAACCGUCCAAAUACGGUGUCGUCGUCUACGACAAUCAGAGCGGCCAAAUCGAUCGUUUUGUCGAAAAGCCGACCGAAUUUGUGUCCAACAAAAUCAAUGCCGGAAUGUAUUUGUUUGAGACAUCAGUUUUGGACCGAAUAGAAUUGAGGCCGACAUCUAUCGAAACGGAAGUGUUUCCCGCAAUGGCCAGCGACCACAAUCUCUAUGCUCUGGAUUUGCAAGGCUUCUGGAUGGACGUCGGCCAACCCAAAGACUAUCUGACCGGACAGUCGCUGUAUUUGACUUCGUUGCGUCAAAAGCAGCAAAAACAGGAACAACUAUAUCAGGGUAAAGGUAUUGUCGGCAAUGUGUUGGUCGAUCCGACCGCCAAAAUUGGCAAACAAUGUCGUAUCGGACCCAAUGUAACCAUUGGUCCGAAUGUGGUGGUCGAGGAUGGCGUCUGUAUGAAAAGGUGUACCAUUUUGGGCGACACUAUUGUCAAGUCUCACUCGUGGCUCGAUUCGUGUAUUGUCGGCUGGAAGUGUGUAGUUGGCCAAUGGGUUCGUAUGGAAAACGUUACCGUUUUGGGCGAAGACGUUGUAGUCAAGGAUGAGCUCUAUCUGAACGGUGCGAAAGUAUUGCCCCAUAAAGUGAUCUCACAAUCGGUUGCCGAUCCCAACAUUAUUAUGUAAAAUGUUACUGUUUUUUUGUAUUUACCGGUAGAGCUCCGGGAGAUUAUUUAAUACAACAGUUUCCUCAACAACAAAAAACUACUUUCCUCUACCCCCACCCCCACCCCCACAGUCUUGAUUAUAAUAUUGUUAUAUUUUGUUUAUAUUUACAAUACAGUAAUUACCGGUAAUAUCAAGGCUAACAAAUAUUGUAUACAUUUUUAAAAAAAAAAUACUAUAAUCAAGUAUAAUAUUUUUAUUAUUUUUUAAAAAA